AUGGACCUGCCGGAGAUCCUCGUCCAGGAGAUCGAAAUCCUGCGGGCCAUCUAUGGCGAAGAACCUGUUCGGCUUGUCCAACGGAAGAAAGCGGAAGAUGAGGAGACGCCACCCAUCUGCUGUUUGGAAGUUGACCUGGAGCCCAUGUCUGAGGAAGGCAUCCAGCUGGUUUGGGUGACGCUGCAGCUGAUUGUGCCUGCUGGCUACCCUUCCAAUGCCACACCAACGAUCUUGGUGGAGAAGUCCCGCGGGAUUGGAGAUGUGGCCACUGAAGCCAUGAUGGACGCCGCCGAAAAGGCCCGACAGCAGUACGGGCUCCAGGAGGAGGGUUGCUUGGCUCCCCUCCUCUCCGAGGUGAAAGAUGCCCUUGGCAAGGCAGUGAGCGAGUGCUACAUUUGCAUGAUGGAUUGCGAUCCAGGCAGUGCGAUCUUUGUCGCGUGCAACUGUGUGUUCCACCGUGAAUGUCUGGAGGAAUGGCGCGGCCUAAAGGACCAAGAGAAGAUCAGCAAGGCCGACGCCGCCACCGAAAGCAUCAAGUCUCAGAGGGAUGCGCUGGAACGGCUGUGCGCAGAAGCGGACGAGCAGGUGGAAGAAGCGGAGAAGCAGGUGGCUUUUGCCCAGCUCCAGGUUGAUCGGGCCGCCGUGGGGGUGGAACAGGCCAUGAAGAAGGCCCAAGCGACGGCAGAAGAUGAUGAGGAGCAGAUACCCAGUGAAGAGGAGGCCAAUGAUCAGGAGGCCGAGGAAUCCGAGAGUUCGGUGGAGUUGGACACCGUGGACUACCGGAACGAGGCUCGAUGGGGCGCGCCAGAAGUCAGCCUCGGAGGCCUGUACCAUAACAAGCACACCAAGAAGAACUGGCAUCCGAGUGUCAGAAUGAAUCGAAAGCGACCUAAGAAGUACUUGAAGCGCAUUGAUGAGAAGUUGGAAGAGAUGAAGAAGGAAGGCAAGCGUCAACUGAGCGAAGAGAUGUCUCAAGCAGUGACGAAGUGGGAGAAGGCACAAUUUGAACACAAAGAGGCCAAGCUGGUCCUGGAGAAGGAUCAAGAGAAUCUCAAGAAGCUGAAGGAGAAGGCCGAGAAGUUGCAGGGCGAGCUGGAAUGGACCAACAACUAUUUGGGCGAGGAGCGUGCCAAGUUUACCUCUUUGCCUUUGCUUUGUCCUGUGUGUCAGAACGAAGUGGAUGCCAAAGUGGAGGAGAAAGUACCGGCGCCGGUGGAGAGUGAAGAACCAGAGAACGCAGAGGUGGAGGAGGAUCAAGAGGAGGUGGCUCGCCAAGCUCUUUUGGGAGAAGAGGAGAAGAAGCGACAGAAAGCAGCAGCCGACCUGGCAGCGCUCGAAGAGAAGAUGGUCUUUAUGAUGACCAAAGGCAAGGCCAAGGAGUCCGAAGACACAGAUGUGGUGGAAGGGCCCACGCCCAAUGAAGAGGAAACCGAAGAGCCUGAACACAUGAAGGAUGAAAGCGAAGAAGCUACGACUUUGGAGGUGAAGAUGGAGCAGAUCAGAUCUGAUCAGAUGAAGAUGGACGAGCUCAGUCCACCGCGCAAGGAGCUUGAUGACGAGCUGUUGACCACCAUCGAACUGCUCAUGGAAGCCUACAGCGAGAAGACAGUGGAUGGCCAAGAGCUUUUAGAGCCCUUCACGGAACUGCUGGAGGUCUUGCGCGAGAGCGAAGAGAAGACAGAUCAAGAAAUCAAGGAUGUGCUGUUGGAAGUGAUUGGCAUCAUCCAAGAGGAGAGCUGA